UUUGGCGUAAACGUUUCUCUCACGACACUCCCGAAGGCCUAUAUUCAGGAGCCACUUUGUUGAUAGCCUACAAUUCGGUAUCGAUACCGUUUUCAUUGAUUUCAUCUGUAAUGGCAAGUUUGGUGUUAUAUCCAUUAUUAUUGGAUUCCAAAUUACCCAAUGGUACCACAUUUGCUUAUCUGAUGGUGGCGUUAUGGUCCAGUUUUGUAUUGGCUGAACAAUUGAGUAUUUCCUUUUUGUUGGUUGUUAAAGUUCCAUACAAUGCUGCCAUUGCUGUUACCUAUAUUUUGGUCAUCUCCAUUGCUUUGGCUAGUGGUACUGUGCGUUCCUUCAAAGGCUUGCAACCUUGGUUACAGGACAACACCAAGGGCACCCAUACACGUUAUGCCUCCUCUCUGCUGCACAGCAUUACAUUCCAAACACGAAACAUGAAUUGCACUCCGACUGCUUCAGUUAUAUGCCCAAAACCAGCAGAUUUCCUGCACGAACGUUUGGGUUUAGCUGAUCCAGAUGAAACUAUCGAUGUUGUUGCCUCAUGCGCUUUUGCAAUUGGCUUGGCCGCUUUCAAUAUGCUGCUCUAUAUGUUCCCGAUGCCACGUUGUGUUAGACAAAAGUUUCGAGACUGAUGAAAUAAAAAUGAAAUGCUC